UAAAAAAGCUUCUUGAAUGGUGUGAAGUGUGAGUGAUUUUUUCGAGAAUACAUCUUUAUUAAUUUAAUUCCACAAUAAAUGUUAUAUUAAGUUAAUGCGUGGAUUUUAAAUAAGUAAUUUAACUAUAAUAUUUAUACAGUAAUUGUGCAUCUGAGUCCUUCACAACCAUGACCACAAUAUCCUUUGCCAAAAGUUUGGUUAACCCAGCUCUAAAUAUAUUAUUAAAACAAAAACACAGUUCAAAUUUGCGGGGCUUACCAGUUAUAUCUUCAGUCACUCCUCUGAGUAUUAUACUGAGAAGGAAUUAUGCUGAAAAACAAGUAUUUGAAAGAACUAAACCCCAUUGUAAUGUCGGUACAAUAGGUCAUGUAGAUCAUGGAAAGACCACACUUACUGCUGCUAUUACAAAAGUAUUGGCUGACCGUAAUUUAGCUCAAAAGAAAGGUUACUCAGAUAUAGACAAUGCACCAGAAGAAAGGGCCCGAGGUAUUACAAUAAAUGUUGCGCAUGUUGAAUAUCAAACUGAUCAAAGACACUAUGGACAUACUGACUGUCCAGGACAUGCUGAUUACAUUAAGAAUAUGAUAACUGGAACUGCUCAAAUGGAUGGUGCAAUCCUUGUUGUAGCAGCCACAGAUGGUGUGAUGCCUCAAACCAGAGAACAUUUAGUGCUUGCGAAGCAAAUUGGUAUCCAACAUGUGGUGGUAUUCAUAAAUAAGGUUGAUGCUGCAGACCAGGAGAUGGUUGAGCUUGUGGAGAUGGAAAUCCGCGAGCUGAUGACUGAAAUGGGCUAUGAUGGUGAAAACUUACCAGUUGUCAAAGGUUCAGCUCUGUGUGCUCUAGAUGGGAAAAAUCCAGAUAUUGGGGCUGAUGCUAUUUCAAAACUUCUUGAAGAGGUUGACAGAUUCAUUCCCACACCAAUCCGUGAUCUUGAUAAGCCAUUCCUGUUACCUGUUGAAGCUGUGCACUCAAUCCCCGGACGCGGUACUGUUGUUACUGGACGCUUGCAAAGAGGUGUUUUGAAGAAGGGCACUGAAUGUGAAAUUGUUGGUCAUGGUAAAGUAAUGAAGACCACAGUAACGGGUGUUGAAAUGUUCCACAAAACAUUAGAUGAAGCUCAGGCUGGAGAUCAACUAGGUGCUCUGGUGAGGUCUAUUAAGAGAGAGCAGAUUCGACGUGGCAUGGUUAUGUCUAAACCUGGCACCGUCAAGGCACAUGACAAUAUUGAGGCAGCAGUGUAUGUACUCAGCAAGGAGGAGGGUGGGCGCUCUAAACCUUUUACAUCAUUCAUUCAACUGCAGAUGUUUUCAAUGACUUGGGAUUGCGCCACACAAGUUGCUAUACCUGAUAAAGAGAUGGUGAUGCCAGGAGAAGAUGCCACUUUGCAAUUAAAACUUGUAAAACCUAUGGUUUGUGAAACUGGUCAAAGAUUCACCCUACGGCUUGGUGACAUCACAUUAGGAACUGGUGUCAUUACUAAAAUAAACAAAGAAUUGUCUGAAGAUGAAAGGCUGAAAAUUUUAGAAGGAAAAAAGGCCAGAAAUAAGGCUGAAGCAAGGAAGUAAAUAGUAUUGUUUAUUAAUUAAUAUAAGAACAUAGAAUUGUAGUUAAAUGUUGGAUGCAUUUAAAAUAAACAUUUGAAAA